AUGCAAUUUUUAUGGCCUUUGAUCAAGAAGCUGUGGAACAUUACCAAAGCCAAACAAGUGGCUAAAGCCAUAAAAAAGAAAGUUAAAAUGGGCACCCCAUUUAAAUUGCGUCGCAACUCAUCCUGGAUAGGCGUUAUCCAUGACAUGGAUGAUAUUUCAUCUCUCAUCAUUAAAAAUAAUAUGACAUCUGUCAAAAGGAGGUCUAAAUCGACCAACUGCAUUUCUAGGUUAUCCAAAUCUGAUUCUAGCAACAAAAAUGAUGCUGAUCAUAUAGGUUGUAUUAUGAGCGCUAGAGGAAAGGGAUAUGGCCAAGUUACAGAGGCAUUACACAUGAUUAAGAAGGCAGUUCUUCUCAAAAAAUCAUUAAAAUUUCAUCUAAAAGUUGAACAUAUAGAAUCGCCCUGGCCCGCAGAUUCGUCAAAUUCGCUAUUCAAAACCCCAAAUUACAACCGUCUGGAAUUUCAGAAACGACUCCCAAAACAUUUGAUAGAUACUGUAAUCGAAAAAAUGUCAGUUGGUGACUGUAAUGAGAUAUUGGUUUCAAAAUUUGGCCUCGAUAUUUCUAGACAAAAUAUUGAAUGUUUGCAUGAAGGAAAUUGGCUAAAUGAUGAAGUAAUCAACUUCUACAUGUCAAUGUUGCAGAUAGAAAACGACAAGUACUAUGCAGCUGGUAAAGCUCCAAAAUGCUAUAUAUUCAAUACAUUCUUCUUUCCUUCAUUGACCGGAUCAGGGCGGGGCUAUAACUAUUCCGCCGUGCAAAGAUGGACAAAAAGAAAGAAGAUUGAUAUUUUUACCGUAGAUAUAUUACUUGUACCCGUUCAUGUAUCGGAAGUUCAUUGGGCCCUAGGGGUAAUUGAUAUGAGGGCCAGUGGGAAACAAAUACUGAUGUUAGACUCACUAGGUGGUUCGGGAAACGAAUUGUGGUUCCAAGUGGCUAAAAGGUAUAUUAAGGAUGAGUAUAAGGAUAAAAAAAACAAAAAUCUAUUGCUUGACGACUGGAAUUUUGAUCAUAGUAGGUUGCCUAGUGAAUUACCGCUGCAAGAAAAUGGAUACGAUUGUGGCGUUUUUAUGUGCCAAUACGCUCAUUGCGUGGUACAUCAAAGGCGUUUUGACUUCACCCAGCAAGAUAUUCCGUCAAUAAGGUUGCUGAUGGCUCAUGAAAUUAUGCAGGGUUACAUUAUCCCCUGA